CCUCAUUCGGGUUGAGAGGUUUGAGUUUGGUUUCCAAUUGUUUUAAUUUGUAAUUUAUUUUUCAACUAAUUUUCGGUCUUUGUUUUUAAUUAAUUGUAUUAUUUAUCUAUUGACUUGAUUGUCUCAUUUCUUGAUUGACUUUAGUUCCAAAAUCGAUUGUUUAUUAAAUUCAAAUGGCAAGACAUUCAUCUGAAGAUAAACGGAAAGCGAGAUCUCCUGAGAAGGUUAAGGAGAAACGUAGAAAGAAACCAUCUAAAUAUUGGGAUAUUCCUCCUCCAGGAUUUGAACAUAUUUCUCCUUAUCAGUAUAAAGCCAUGCAAGCAGCCGGUCAAAUACCGGCAACUUUAUUCGCUACCCCAGGAACCGUACCAGUACCUAUUGUAGGUUCUACGCUCACCCGUCAAGCUCGUAGAUUGUAUGUUGGUAAUAUUCCCUUUGGAUGUUCCGAGGAGGAGAUGAUGGAAUUUUUCAAUGCCCAAAUGCACGCUUGUGGUUUCGCUCAAGCUCCUGGUAAUCCAGUUCUUGCUUCCCAGAUUAAUUUAGAUAAGAACUUUGCCUUUCUCGAGUUCCGAUCUAUUGAUGAAACAACUUCUGCUAUGGCUUUUGAUGGUAUUGCUUUCAAAAGUCAAUCUUUGAAAAUUCGUCGUCCUCAUGAUUACCAACCAAUGCCUGGCAUGUCAGAAAUUCCUCAAAUUACAGUUCCAGGAGUUAUAUCUACAGUAGUAGCCGAUUCUCCUCAUAAAAUAUUUAUUGGAGGUCUACCUAAUUAUCUUAAUGAAGACCAAGUUAAAGAACUUUUGAUGAGCUUUGGACAAUUGAGAGCCUUCAAUCUGGUAAAGGAUUCGGCAACAGGAUUAUCUAAGGGUUAUGCGUUUUGUGAAUAUGCGGAUGUCAAUAUAACGGAUCAGGCAAUCGCUGGUCUCAACGGAAUGCAGUUGGGGGAUAAGAAGCUAAUUGUUCAAAGAGCGAGUGUCGGUGCUAAAAGUGGUCCAUUGGCUCAACCUGGUGCAGCAUUGGCGGCUCCCGUUCAAAUUCAAGUUCCAGGACUUCAAGUGGUCUCCUCAGGCGUUGGUCAACCUACUGAAGUCUUAUGUCUAAUGAACAUGGUCACUGCAUCGGAAUUAUCAGAUGACGAGGAAUAUGAUGACAUUCUCAAAGAUAUCGAAGAGGAAUGUGGCAAAUACGGAGUUGUUAGAUCAAUCGAAAUCCCAAGACCCAUUCCAGGAGUCGAAGUACCAGGCGUUGGAAAAGUUUUCGUGGAGUUUAGUACAAUACCCGAGUGUCAACGAGCCCAACAAGCCUUAACUGGACGUAAAUUCUCAGACAGAGUAGUGGUUACAUCAUUCUUAGACCCUGAUAAAUAUCAUAGAAGACAAUUUCAAUAAUUUUUCGUCGCAUCAAAAUUAAUCAAACCUUUUUUUGAUCUCUUCAUAUCUUUCAUAAACAUCACACUUUCUAUUCAAUUAAGAAAACAAUCCAAAUCUUUUCAUCUCUUCA